UUUUUUUUUUUUCCUCCUUUUCUUGUGCCUCUUGUUCUUCAGUCUCAGAAAUGAUCUUGUUCUCCGGGAAGACCAGGAGCUGUAUAAGGUUUCCUCUGUCUCGCCCUAGCCUGAGAUGGUUAGGGUUUCAGUGCUAUAAAAAUGGAGACGAGCAGGGUUGUUCAGAUUCCUUUUCGGGUCCACAAGUGUGAGGGUUUGCAGUCACCAGUCCUGACACUUGAAGCUGCAGCUGGCUCUCCUUUUUUUUUUUUUUUUUUUUUUUUUUUUUCCUCCUCUGUUUCUUUUUUCUUUUAAUCCAAUGCUGUCAAGGGUGACUUGCCGUCCAUGAGACAUUGGUCCAUGAUGUGUCAAUUCAGUCCAGCCUAUGUUCCUUCGUUAUGAAACCACUAGCAGUGCCAGCUAACCAUGGAGUUAUGGGCCAGCAGGAGAAACAUCCACUUCCUGCAGAUUUCACCAAGCUGCACCUCACUGACAGUCUCCAUCCCCAGGUGACUCACGUCUCUUCCAGCCACUCAGGAUGUAGCAUCACCAGUGACUCUGGAAGCAGCAGUCUCUCUGACAUCUACCAGGCCACAGAAAGUGAGGCUGGCGAUAUGGACCUGAGUGGGUUGCCGGAAACAGCCGUGGACUCUGAGGACGACGACGAUGAGGAGGACAUCGAGAGGGCCUCUGACCCUCUGAUGAGCCGGGACAUCGUGAGAGACUGCCUGGAGAAGGAUCCCAUUGACAGGACAGAUGAUGACAUCGAACAACUCCUGGAGUUUAUGCACCAGUUGCCUGCCUUCGCCAAUAUGACGAUGUCUGUGAGACGGGAGCUGUGUGCUGUGAUGGUAUUUGCGGUGGUGGAAAGAGCCGGGACCAUCGUGUUAAAUGAUGGUGAAGAGCUGGACUCCUGGUCAGUGAUUCUGAAUGGUUCUGUGGAAGUGACUUAUCCAGAUGGAAAAGCAGAAAUACUUUGUAUGGGAAACAGUUUCGGUGUCUCUCCAACCAUGGAUAAAGAGUACAUGAAAGGAGUAAUGAGGACGAAGGUGGAUGACUGCCAGUUUGUCUGCAUAGCCCAGCAAGACUAUUGCCGUAUCCUGAAUCAAGUAGAAAAGAACAUGCAAAAAGUUGAAGAGGAAGGAGAAAUUGUCAUGGUGAAGGAGCACCGAGAGCUUGACCGAACUGGAACAAGGAAGGGGCAUAUAGUCAUCAAGGGCACCUCAGAAAGAUUAACAAUGCAUCUGGUGGAAGAGCAUUCGGUGGUGGAUCCGACAUUCAUAGAAGACUUCCUGUUGACCUAUAGGACUUUUCUCUGUAGCCCCAUGGAAGUGGGCAAAAAGUUAUUGGAGUGGUUUAACGACCCGAGCCUCAGGGAUAAGGUGACACGGGUAGUAUUAUUGUGGGUGAAUAAUCACUUCAAUGACUUUGAAGGGGAUCCUGCGAUGACUCGAUUUCUGGAAGAAUUUGAAAAUAAUCUGGAACGAGAGAAAAUGGGUGGACAUCUAAGGCUGUUAAAUAUUGCAUGUGCAGCUAAAGCAAAAAGAAGAUUGAUGACCCUAACAAAACCAUCCCGAGAAGCCCCUUUGCCUUUUAUCUUGCUCGGAGGCUCAGAGAAAGGCUUUGGGAUCUUUGUCGACAGUGUUGAUUCAGGGAGCAAAGCAACUGAGGCGGGCUUAAAACGAGGGGAUCAGAUAUUAGAAGUGAAUGGUCAAAACUUUGAAAAUAUUCAGCUGUCAAAAGCCAUGGAAAUUCUUAGAAAUAACACACACUUAUCUAUCACUGUGAAAACCAAUUUAUUUGUAUUUAAAGAACUUCUAACGAGAUUGUCAGAAGAGAAAAGAAAUGGUGCCCCUCACCUUCCUAAAAUCGGAGACAUCAAAAAGGCCAGUCGCUACUCCAUUCCAGAUCUCGCUGUAGAUGUCGAACAGGUGAUAGGACUUGAAAAGGUGAAUAAAAAAAGCAAAGCCAAUACUGUUGGUGGAAGGAACAAGCUAAAAAAGAUACUUGACAAGACUCGGAUUAGCAUCUUGCCACAGAAACCAUAUAAUGAUAUCGGGAUUGGUCAGUCUCAGGACGACAGCAUAGUAGGAUUAAGGCAGACGAAGCACAUCCCAGCUGCACUGCCCGUCAGUGGAACCUUAUCCUCCAGUAAUCCGGACUUACUGCAGUCCCACCAUCGCAUUUUAGACUUCAGUACCACUCCUGACCUGCCAGAUCAAGUGUUAAGGGUUUUUAGGGCUGAUCAGCAAAGCCGAUACAUCAUGAUCAGCAAGGACACCACGGCAAAGGAGGUGGUCAUUCAGGCCAUCCGGGAGUUUGCUGUGACUGCCACCCCAGAUCAGUAUUCACUCUGUGAAGUCUCUGUCACGCCUGAGGGAGUAAUCAAACAAAGACGACUUCCAGAUCAGCUUUCCAAGCUUGCUGACAGAAUACAGCUGAGUGGAAGGUAUUACUUAAAAAACAACAUGGAGACAGAAACCCUGUGCUCAGAUGAAGACGCCCAGGAGCUGCUCAGAGAGAGUCAGAUCACCCUGCUGCAGCUGAGCACGGUGGAGGUGGCCACACAGCUCUCCAUGCGGAACUUUGAGCUCUUCCGCAACAUCGAGCCCACGGAGUACAUAGACGACCUGUUUAAGCUCAAGUCAAAAACCAGCUGUGCCAACCUGAAGAAGUUCGAAGAAGUCAUCAACCAGGAAACAUUCUGGGUGGCAUCCGAAAUCCUGAGAGAGACAAACCAGCUGAAGAGGAUGAAGAUCAUUAAGCACUUCAUCAAGAUAGCACUCCACUGUCGGGAAUGCAAGAAUUUUAACUCCAUGUUUGCAAUCAUCAGUGGCCUAAACCUGGCCCCAGUGGCGAGGCUACGUACCACCUGGGAAAAACUCCCCAAUAAAUAUGAAAAACUCUUUCAAGAUCUCCAAGACUUGUUUGAUCCUUCCAGAAACAUGGCAAAAUAUCGUAAUGUCCUCAACAGUCAAAACCUACAGCCUCCCAUAAUCCCCCUGUUUCCAGUUAUCAAGAAGGACCUCACUUUCCUUCAUGAAGGAAAUGACUCUAAAGUUGAUGGGCUGGUCAAUUUUGAGAAACUACGAAUGAUUGCAAAAGAAAUUCGUCAUGUUGGCCGCAUGGCCUCCGUUAAUAUGGACCCUGCCCUCAUGUUCAGGACUCGGAAGAAGAAGUGGAGGAGCUUGGGGUCUCUCAGCCAGGGUAGUACAAACGCAACAGUGCUAGACGUUGCUCAGACAGGCGGCCACAAAAAGCGGGUGCGCCGUAGCUCCUUCCUCAAUGCCAAAAAGCUUUAUGAAGAUGCCCAAAUGGCUCGAAAAGUGAAGCAGUACCUGUCCAACCUGGAGCUCGAGAUGGAUGAGGAGAGCCUGCAGACAUUGUCGCUACAGUGCGAGCCAGCAACCAACACGUUGCCGAAGAAUCCUGGUGACAAAAAGCCUGUCAAAUCCGAGACCUCUCCUGUGGCCCCGAGGGCAGGGUCGCAGCAGAAAACGCAGCCCCAGCCACCACCACAGCCGCAGCCCCUGCCACAUAAAAUGAACCAAGGACUGCAGGUCCCUGCCGUGUCCCUCUAUCCUUCACGGAAGAAAGUUCCUGUAAAGGAUCUCCCACCUUUUGGCAUAAACUCUCCACAAGCUUUAAAGAAAAUUCUUUCUUUGUCUGAAGAAGGGAGCCUGGAGCGCCACAAGAAACCAGCAGAAGACACGAUAUCAAACGCGUCUUCCCAGCUCUCUUCUCCCCCCACCUCCCCACAGAGCUCUCCAAGGAAAGGUGGCAGUGGCAAUCAGCUGGGAUCCUUUGUCUCCAGGCAGCUGGACUUAACCAGUUCCCCCUCUUCUCUUAGAAGUGAGAACAGUAACAAGAAUAACAGUGCAGCACGGACCUAUGGAAUAGGCUAUACUUUGGCUCCCAGUGGAACCGUGGAUAACUUCUCAGACUCUGGUCACAGUGAGAUUUCUUCACGUUCCAGCCUCGUCAGCAACUCCUCCUUUGACUCAGUGCCAGUCUCGCUGCCAGAAGAACGGCGCCAGAGGCACUCGGUCAGCCUAGUAGAGAGGCGGCCGGUGCUAGAGCCUGACCAGUACAGCCUGGGGUCCUGUGUGCCAGUGUCUGAGAGCCGGGGGUUGUACGCCACAGCCACCGUGAUUUUUUCUCCAAGCACAGAGGAACUGUCCCAAGACCAGGGGGACCGAGCCUCCCUGGAUGCUGCUGACAGUGGCCGAGGGAGCUGGACGUCAUGCUCAAGUGGUUCCCACGACAACAUACAGACCAUCCAGCACCAGAGGAGCUGGGAAACACUCCCUUUUGGGCACACUCACUUCGACUAUUCAGGGGACCCCGCAGGCUUAUGGGCCUCGAGCAGCCAUAUGGACCAAAUCAUGUUUUCUGACCACAGCACAAAGUACAGCAGGCAGAAUCAAAGCAGAGAGAGCCUUGAUCAGGCCCAGUCCCGGGCAAGCUGGGCAUCUUCCACAGGGUACUGGGGAGAGGACUCAGAAGGGGACACAGGCACCAUCAAGCGACGAGGGGGGAAGGACGUUUGCAUUGAAGCUGAAAGCAGCAGUGUGACGUCUGUGACCACGGAAGAAGCCAAGCCUGUUCCCGUGCCCACUCACAUGGCAGUGACACCAGGCACUGCCAAGGGGCUCAUUGCGAGGAAGGAGGGCCGGUACCGGGAGCCCCCGCCCACCCCGCCGGGCUACGUGGGCAUCCCCAUCACCGACUUCCCCGAGGGCCACCCGCACCCGGCGCGGAAGCCCCCAGACUACACCGUGGCGCUGCAGCGCUCCAGGAUGCUGGCGCGGCCGGCUGACCCUGCGGCGCCCCCCGCCCCGGGCAGCGCCAGGCCCGCCCCGCGGCCUCAGUGGCACCGGCCCGGCGACGGCGACCCGCGCCCUGGCCCCUGCCCGCCCCCGGGCCUCGCCGCCGAGGAGGACGCAGAAGAUGAACAGGUGUCUGCUGUUUGAGGCGCAGGCUUCUCUGAACCUGGAGUCAGCCACCCGAAGGAGAGCACAAGAGGACGCCCCCUAGCGUUGGAGCCUGGGAACUCACACUCUGAGGAUGGUGGACCAGUUUGCCUCCUUCCCUGCCUUAAAAGCAGCAUGGGGCUUCUUCUCCCCUCUCCCUGUCCCCUUUGCAUGUGAAAUACUGUGAAGAAACCGCCCUGGCACUUUUCCGACUUUGUUGCUUGAAUGCACAGCGCAGCAGUCUCCGAGCUCCCCGUUGCUGCUCCAUCACACAGUACCAUUCCAGACUCCAAGGUCAUCGCCGAGAUGAUGCCCUCUGGCUGCAUUUCUCCACGCCUGGAAGGGUUGUUGAAAACCUUCUUCCUAGAUUUCCAUCCAGUCCUAGCACUUGGUUUCAUUGGCAUCGUGAGAAAAGCUAGCCAUUGAACUACUUGGGGCCUUUAAUCCACCAAGGAAGACAAAGAAAAACAAUGAAAUCCUUGGAGUACAGUGCUCGUCCACUUGUUUACAAUGUCCUCCUUUUUUUUUUUUUUUUUAAAUGAGUUUAAAGAUUGUGUUCAGAGAGUAAAUGUUAUAUCCAUUUAAUGAUUACAGUAUUAUUUUGAACCUUUUAAAUAGGGUUCCCAGCCUGGGUUUCUAAAAAACCAAAUAUGCCGGCCAGAGUGUGGGGAGGAGGGAUGCCUGGCAUGCAGCCCCUCUUCCUGUGUCCUUGGGGCCAUGCGGUGUAGUGCCCGAUCCUGGAAGCAUGAGACCUUAGCCAGUUACUUCGACACCAAGGCCCUCGUUCCCUCCGUCCCCUGGGGUGGGGCUCUUCCCUAAAACUGUUUGCACAUGGCCGGGGGAGGGAACGAGAGCUCUUGUGUCCUGUGUCUGAGCCUUACGGAGUGCAGGACAGUGUCAUUUGAGGGCGUGUCCCACUCCAUCAAGUAGGACGGCAAACCCCACAUGUCUUUAAAUUAUGUUCCUUUGAUUUCUAUUCACUUAGUUUUAGGGAUUCUUUCAUUUGUUUUUAAAGAGAAACGUUUAUAACUGGAUAGCGUUGCCGUGAAAGCAGCCCGGAUGUUGGCGCUAGGGCCAGCUGUUGAUACUGCUCUUUCAAGACAGCCUCCCUGUUUGGAUCGGCACUAGGGAAGAAACAAGCCUUUAAGCUGAAAAAGAUCAAAAAGAUCCCAAACCUGGUGAAAUACGCCAGCCUUUGCAAAGCGGGUGAGUCCGCAGAGACUGACCCAUGAGUGGCUUUACGGACGCUGAGAUAGAGAAGGUCUAAGUGUAGCAACCACCUGCUCACAGCUGCUAUUAACCCCAGAAGGACUGAGAUGACCCCUCCGCUCUAUUUUUGUGUUGUUUUUGCACAGACUCCGGAAAAGUGAAGGCUGCCAAUCCGAGUAGUACUCAGAUGUGAGGAACUGCUGGUCUUGGAUUUUUUUUCCAUUAAAUUCAGCUGAUCAUAUUGAUCAGUAGGUAAACGUAAAUAGCUUCCAAUUUUACAAGUCAAAUUGCAGUGUUUUUUCACUGUAUCAAAAAAUGUCAGUGCUUUAUUUAAUAAUUCUCUUCUGUAUCAUGGCAUUUGUCUACUUGCUUAUAUAUUACAUUGUCAAUGAGGCAUUUGUAAUUUUACAUGUAAUAUGCAUUCUUUGCCAGUUUUCUGAUAUAGGCUAUGGACCUCAUGUGCAUAUAGAAAGACAGAAAUCUAGCUCAACACAGUUGCACAAAUGUUAUCUAAGCAUUAAGUAAUCGUAGAACAUAGGACUGUAACCUCAGUUCGCUCUGUGACGUCAAGUGCAGAAUGUACAAUUAACUGGUGAUUUCCUCAUACUUUUGAUACUACUUGUACCUGUAUGUCUUUUAGAAAGACAUUGGUGGAGUCUGUAUCCCUUUUGUAUUUUUAAUACAAUAAUUGUACAUAUUGGUUAUAUUUUUGUUGAAAAUGGUAGAAAUGUACUAUGUUUAUGCUUCUACAUCCAGUUUGUACAAGCUGGAAAAUAAAUAAAUAUAACAGACAGCCUUGUCUAUAUUA